AUGGAAAGGAGGACUUCCAGGAAGAGAGGAAGAAAGUUGUGUUUGUGCUACGUGUCCAAGCGCUUUCCUCUCCUCCGCUCACUGCUAUUUAAGACGUCCUCCGAUCCUCACGGCUCUCACACUAACACUCAGAUCAUCAGUGCCGUCAUGUCUGGGACCAACAAUCAGAGAACGGCUCUCCAAAGGGCAACGAACGUUGUAUACCAGGCGCACCAUGUGAGCAGGAACAAACGAGGCCAAGUUGUGGGAACCAGAGAUGGUUUUCGAGGUUGCACUGUAUGGCUGACAGGCCUGUCUGGCGCAGGGAAGACUACAGUGGGUUUUGCUCUGGAGGAGUACCUAGUUUCCCAUGGCAUUCCGUGCUAUUCUCUUGACGGUGAUAACAUUCGCCAUGGCCUGAACAAGAACCUGGGUUUCGCUACAGUAGACAGAGAAGAGAACAUCCGGCGUAUUGCAGAGGUGGCCAAGCUGUUUGCUGAUGCCGGCUUGGUUUGCAUCACUAGCUUCAUCUCUCCUUUUACGAAGGACCGAAAUGAAGCGAGGAAGGUCCACGAGAAUUCAAACCUGAAGUUCUUUGAGGUAUUUGUAAAUGCGCCACUGGAGGUGUGCGAGAGCAGGGAUGUCAAAGGGCUUUAUAGAAUGGCCCGUGCGGGAGAGAUUAAAGGCUUCACGGGGAUUGAUUCGGAGUAUGAGAAGCCAGAUUCGCCUGAGCUUGUACUAAAAACUGGAGAGCUCACAGUGAAUGAGUGCAUACACCAACUGGUGAAUCUCCUUAAAGAGCAGGGAAUUGUUCCCAGUGGCCUUACGGAGGAGAUCAAUGAAUUGUUUGUCCCUGAAAACAAGAUUGUCCUGGCACUGAGUGAUGCCAACAUACUUCCUAGGGUAAACAUUACCAAGUUGGAUCUUCAAUGGGUUCAAGUGUUGGCUGAAGGGUGGGCAACUCCUCUGAAAGGCUUUAUGAAGGAAAGGGAGUUCCUGCAGGUCCUUCACUUUGGUAGUCUAAUUGAUGGUGGCGCCAUCAACCUUUCCAUACCAAUUGUCCUACCAGUGUCCACGGAAGACAAAGACAGGUUGAAUGGUUGUGCUGCUUUUGCUCUGGAGUAUAAAGGUCGCCGAGUGGCCAUACUGAGGAAUCCCGAGUUUUAUGAACACCGUAAGGAGGAACGCUGCGCAAGACAGUGGGGAACCACAUGUCCCAAGCACCCUUAUAUCGAGAUGGUUAUGAAAAGUGGUGAUUGGUUGGCCGGUGGAGAUUUGGAGGUGUUGGAACGAAUCAAAUGGAACGAUGGUCUAGAUCAAUACCGUCUCAGCCCGAAGGAGCUUAAACAAAAAUUUAAGGAAAUGAGAGCAGAUGUAGUCUUUGCCUUCCAGUUGCGGAAUCCCGUGCACAACGGCCACGCGCUCCUGAUGCAGGACACCAGGAGGCGACUGCUGGAGCGUGGCUACAAGAAACCUGUGUUGCUCUUGCACCCACUCGGAGGGUGGACUAAAGAGGAUGAUGUGCCUCUGGAUUGGCGCAUGAAGCAGCAUGCUGCUGUUCUUGAAGACGGUGUGCUAGAUCCUACCAGCACCAUUGUAGCCAUCUUCCCCUCACCCAUGAUGUAUGCUGGUCCCACAGAGGUACAAUGGCACUGCAGGGCCAGAAUGAUUGCAGGUUCUAACUUUUACAUCGUUGGCCGUGACCCAGCAGGCAUGCCGCAUCCUGAGACUAAAGAGGACCUAUAUGAUCCCACACAUGGUGGCAAAGUGCUGAGCAUGGCACCAGGGCUCACUUCUGUAGAAAUCAUUCCAUUCAGAGUGGCUGCUUACAAUAAAGUAAAGAAAGCAAUGGACUUCUACAACAAAGAUAGACACAGUGACUUUGAGUUCAUCUCUGGGACCAAAAUGAGAAAACUGGCUCGCAGUGGAGAAAAUCCUCCAGAAGGUUUUAUGGCACCCAAGGCAUGGAAGGUCCUCACAGAGUAUUAUGCCUCCCUCCAAAAAGAUUAAUGUAUAUAUGCCAUGUCACAAUAGGCACCAACUGAACAAUAUCUAUUCAAGUUUUAUAAUUAAAUUAUAGGAUUUUAGUCCAGUAUAUUUAUAAUGCAAGUCCUCUUAACUCAAAUGAUUUUUUUUUCUUCUGUACUAUAUUUAAAACAAAUUAUUUUAAAUGAAUGUAUAAAGAAAAUUGUGUAGGGUCCGUGUCUCAAGAUUUCAGGCGAUGCUUCAUUACUGCAGCCAUUUAUCAUGCUGUCAUGUUAAACGAAGCCACAUGCUUCAGCUAAUUUCCGGUCAUGUAAUCACUCACUUUAUUAUAUGUACGUUUUACAUAUUGGUUUAAUAUGAUGGUCUCGCAUUGAUCAAAGUAUUCAAUUUGAUAUACACUGCAUCUUAAUGCUUAAUUAAAGCAGCUUGAACUACAACUCCUUCAGAAAUGAAUACCUCCAAGAAAAGAAAAAUACCUCGGAACAUGAACAUAUACAGUUUAUACGUCCAUUUUUCUCAUGUGCCUGAAAUCUUUA